CAAGAGAACCGCAGGUGCUGUGCGCGAUAACCCUUAGAGAGGAAGCCGGUUUGGUAAUUCUGUUAUAGUACUUCAACUGCUGGGGUGCAUUUCAAAUGCCCCUCACGAUUAAUGUAUACCUCCGUAGGAUCGUUUUAAGUUUUUGGAGACGACAGAACUGUAGCUAUGAUAAGAGUUUUAGGACCUCCUACGGUGUUCUUAAUUCAUGGACAUGGAUGAGUGGUGAACCUGAGUGGAAGGUCUCCCACUUCCUGUCACAUGGCAAAUGUCUCAUGACGUUUAGAUAAGUUACUAAUAAUGAAUAUGUGGUGGAUGAAUAAGUGGCACUGUGGUCUAACACCUCUGGAUUUUGGGUUCAUUUCCCCCUAGCGCCUCAUUUCAACUGUGUGUACGUUACUAUGUUUUUGGUCUCAUCCCAGUUUAAAAACAUGCUGUUUAGGGUUCCCACAGCGUUUGAAUGUCUGCCCGAAGACUGGCAUUCCAUCCAGAGACUUCCAUCCCAUCCAAGGUCUCCCCUGCCUUGUGUCCUAAAACCACCGCGACUGUGUGCUGAAGAAGUAGUUAUAGAAGCCAGAUGACAUUUGGAGUCAGCGAAUGAUACUCUUCAGGCAUGUCUGGAUAACCCAAUUUUAAUAAUUAGAAGCAAAGAAACCUUCAACUUAGUGAAAUAAUAGCUAACCGUUUAAUGGGAUGGAAUUAACUUUGGAAAACACCUAAAACUUUAUCCACAUGAUACAGUUCAGUUUCUUGUCAUCGUUUGCUUCCUUUUCAGGUCUUACAAGUAUAGCUCUGCAGUUCCCUGCAUAAACCCCUAAGGUCAUAGUAAACAUUGUACACUUUCUUUAAAUAUAAAUGUGAAAUGGACCGUUUUGUUGUCUUAUAGGCGUGCAUGAAACGACUGUAUUAUCGAUCACAGUUUAUGGCGAACUCCAGAUGAGACGGAGCGAUAUGGGCUGCUAUUGGCUGGCUCCGUAUGAGCGCGAUGCCAUUGGUCAGGUUCUGGGACGGGCGUGGCCAGGCUCGCCUCCAGCGGUGCGGCUCAUCUGCGCAGCCUCGCUGCCUCCAGUCCGCGGCGGAGCUCUGGAAGGUCUGGGUCUGCAUCGCUUCGUAUUCCCACGUACGGAUCUCAUUGGUGACCCUGCGGGCUACCUGCGAUUAGCCUACACAGCGACUGUCACUGUGAGGAUUAACCCAACCUUCUCCCUGGCGAGCUUGGGCCAGUAGGUUUCCCCAAAUGUAGCUGCGCGCCGACGGCCCGAGGCAGCCGAAGGGUCUUCUCCACCCACCUCCGCGGAGCGUUGACACCGGCCAGGGACAGCCACCGGCCGCUCAGCUCACAGCCCUGCUGGAGGUACAGAAACGUCGCCAAUAACAACAGGAAAAGCAGGCAAAUAUCCUGCGGAAGGAGGAAAAAGGUCCAGAGGCAGUGCAGCAGUAGCGCCCGACCGUUCCGGAGUGGCCUCCCGGUGAUGUGCCACCGUCUGUGACGUGCCGUGUAGGGGGGCCAUGCUGCCAGGGGUGGGUGUGUUUGGGACGGGCAGCACGGCACGGGUGCUGGUGCCGCUGCUGCAGGCAGAAGGCUUUGUGGUGCAGGCCGUGUGGGGCCGCACGGAGGAAGAGGCCCGGGCACUGGCACGUGAGCUGGGCAUCCCCUUCUACACUAGCCGCACGGACGACGUGCUGCUGCACCCCGACGUCGACCUUGUCUGCGUCAACAUCCCUCCACCCCUGACGCGCCAGAUCGCCGUCAAGGCCCUCGGAAUCGGUAAGAACGUGAUCUGUGAGAAGGCAGCCACGUCGGCAGAUGCCUUCAAGAUGGUGACAGCAUCGCGGUAUUACCCUCAGCUCAUGAGCCUGAUGGGCGGCGUGCUGCGCUUCCUACCCGCCUUUGCUCGCAUGCGCCACCUGCUGGCCGAAGGCUACGUGGGCGAGCUGCAGGUGUGUGACGCGCGCGUCUACUGGGGCAGCCUGCUGAGCGACACCUACGGCUGGACAUGCGACGAGCUGAUGGGCGGCGGCGGCCUGCACUCCAUGGGCUCACACCUGGUGGACCUGCUGAGCCACCUGACGGGCCGGCGGGCCGAGCGCGUCCACGGGCUGCUGCGCACCUUCGUGGGCCAGAACGGCGCCAUCCGCGGCAUCCGCCGCGUCACCAGCGACGACUUCUGCUUCUUCCAGAUGCUGAUGGGUGGGCCCGGGGGUGGGACUGGGGGCGGGGUCUGCUGCACUGUCACACUCAAUUUCAACAUGCCGGGCGCCUUCGUGCAUGAGGUCAUGGUGGUGGGCUCAGCUGGCAGACUGGUGGCCCGCGGCAGCGACUUGUACGGCCAGCGCAAUGGCACCUCCCAGGAGGAGCUGCUGCUCAUGGACACGUCCGACACCGACCUGGGGGAGGCAACAAGAGAGAUCCCUGCCCCCUACCUGAAGGGGAUGGCCUGCAUGGUGCAAGCCCUGCGGCUCUCCUUCCAGGACCAGGAGGAUCGGCGGACCUGGGACCUGCGUCCCGUGGCAGCGGCGGCCUCCUUCGAGGACGGCCUGUAUGUGCAAACCGUGGUGGACGCCAUCAAGCGGUCGAGCCGCACGGGUGAGUGGGAACGCGUGGACGUGAUGACGGAGGAACCCGACGCCAACCAUUAUCUGUGUGAAGUGCUGCAGAGGAAUAAUCCCUGAAGGGGUGGGUUCACGUGGGCUCCCCCGGCCCAGACGUGGACUUGAGGCGUCUCGAACGACAGCGCCUCUGCAUAUGUUCCGCUCUGCGUGAUUGGAUAUCCUGCAGGCCAACCAAAAACCUCCCCUGGGACCGAGGGGUGGAGUUCGGGGGCGGUGCCGUCGAGUCAUGAACUGGGAGUGGUGGAUCCUCAGACGAGUCCAUUGUUCUCUAAGGGUGGGUCUUCUGGAAAGAUCCCCUGGGGAGUCCGUGUGGUUUAUCAGAUCCAACAGAACUUUGUAACUGGAUCAGUGGAGUGUAUGUGUUUAGUUUCUGGUUCUCCUUAAGGGAAGCAAGGUUGAUGUUUUUCAUCUGUGAGCUUAUGUUGCCAUGCGGACGUGGUGUUUUAUUGUCCUACUGUCUGUACAGACCCCUCCCCCUAGGCCUGACCCUACCCCCCACGGCUGACUCGGGUGCGAGCAUCAGGGGCCCUCUGAGAGCUGGUCCGUGCUCUCCCUAUGUACCUUCUGUGUGACAUCACUGGUUAGUGUUCCACUGUUAGAUGAUACAUAAUUGGACGAUUUUAGGAUUGUGAGUUUGUUUUUUCUAUAAACAAAAUCGAAAUCUCAAAACCUGACUACUAAUUCUAUAAAAUGCUUUCAGCUGAAGCAGAAUCUCAGCAUCAUCUGAUUGCAGCCGUAGCUGGUACUGCUUGUCACAUCACUGAAACUAAGUCUGUUUAUUUAUAUAAGCAAAUUAAGCUCCUGCUUUCUUCGCUGCAGUUUAGGAUGCUGCUAAGUGGAUGCAUGGGUCUUUGUCUCGAAGGUCUCCUGAAAUGUUGCGGUCUUGUCAGAAACAUUUCACGGUGAGUUACAGUGUAGUCAACUGUACAAGUGUAAUGCGGAGCAGAGUGAAUAGAGUAAAACUAAAAUCUCCAAGGAGAUCUUGCUUAAAUAUUACUGUGCCCAGUGAUGCGUUCAGACUGGACUGUUCUAUCUCCCGCCUGUGAGUGAGGUGGAAGGUGUUUACAAUACCGACGACAGAUAACCCUUUCAUACUGUAUGGUAAGUAAGUCGGAUAAUAUUGCAUGUUAAAUAAUUAACAUUCCAUUAUUAAAACUUGGAACUGAACCUUUUUAGGUUCACAGAUUGCCUAACAUACAAAAUAAAAAGUACGCUGGAAGAAAGCAGAGGUGCUUGUCAUCAUCAUAAGCUACAUAUUGGUCUUGUUUUUUUGAAUAUUUUGUCUGAGGGACCCGGGUGGGUAAUUUUUUGCAGAUAGCUGAGGGUUUCUCUGUGUUCUUGGUGCUUUUAAUUUCACAGUUUUCCUGAUUAUCAUUCCAUCAGCAAGCCUUUCCUUGAUGUAUCGUGAAUGUACAGCAGUCAGAUGCACUGCGGACCCGGGUCCGAGGGGGGUAUUUGUCCACACUCUGUGCUUGAGUGCAUAAGUGUCUAAAGUACAUAAACUGGUAGUCGUUCUGAAACACUGUAUUUAUAUAUUUUUUUCCUGUUAUAAUUCCUGCUGUCUGCUCUGUUUACUAAGUUUGUUUAGUGCUAGAGCAAGAAAAUCUAAGUGUUGAUUUGAUAUUUAUUUGUGCCUAAUAGGGUUAAUUUUAAGUGUUAUUAAAAGUGUUUUUAAGUUGUUUUCAUAAAAAAAAAACUUUGAAUGCAAUUUUGCUUCAAUAAAUAUCCACAGUUUGAGUUAUUGAAA